CCAAAUCAAUCAGAUAGAACUAAACCCUAGAACCAACCAGAGAAUCAACUUCUCCGAUGAAAUCACGUUCGCUAAAGCUCCGGGAAGCCCAUAAAGUCGGCGGAAGCGCCGCCUUCUGCUCUAUCCUCUGGGACCACAAAGCCGAACAUUUCGUCACUUCAUCUUCUUCGGAUCCCUCAAUCUCCGUCCACGACGGACUCUCGCCUUCCACUUUACCUCCGACGAUUCUCCGACAUCACCAAGACGGUGUCACCGCCUUGGCUCUUAGCAACGACUCUACUUUCCUUGCUUCCGGAUCUAUCGAUCAUUGUGUGAAGCUCUACAAGUUCCCAAGUGGGGAAUUUCAGACGAAUAUUACUAGAUUUACGCUUCCGAUUCGCGUGCUUGCGUUUAACGGCUCAGGGAGUCUAUUGGCAGCUGCUGGAGAUGAUGAAGGAAUCAAACUUAUCAAUACGUUUGAUGGUUCGAUUGUUAGAGUUUUGAAAGGGCACAAAGGACCUGUGACCGGCUUAGAUUUCCACCCUAAUGGUGAGCUCUUGGCUUCCAUUGACACAACUGGUACUGUGUUAUGCUGGGAACUUCAAAACGGAAUUGUUUCGUUUACCCUUAAGGGUGUUGCGCCCGACACAGGUUUCAACACUUCCAUUGUGAAUAUUCCUAGAUGGAGCCCUGAUGGAAGAACCCUCGCCGUGCCUGGUUUGAGAAACGAUGUGGUUAUGUAUGAUAGAUUCACUGGGGAGAAGCUUUUUGCCUUGAGAGGUGAUCAUCUCGAAGCUAUAUGCUAUUUAUCGUGGGCUCCUAAUGGCAAGUAUAUAGCUACAUCUGGUCUUGAUAAACAAGUUCUUCUCUGGGAUGUUGAUAAGAAACAGGACAUAGACAGGCAGAAAUUCGAGGAGAGGAUAUGUUGUAUGGCCUGGAAACCGAAUUGUAAUGCUUUGUCGGUCAUUGAUACCAAGGGAAAAUACGGAAUUUGGGAAUCUUUGGUUCCAUCAUCCAUGCUAUCUCCUACAGUGGGUAUUCCAGAUAUACUACCAAAGAAGAGGAAUGAGAUUCUUAAUUUUGAUGACGAAAUCGAGGAAGAACUUUAUGGUGCAUCUGAAAGUUUAAAUGAUUCUCUGGUAGAUAGUGAUGCUGGAGAAUCUCAUCAUACUAGCCGGAAAAGAUUGAGGAAGAAAACUUUGAUUGAUGAUGAUGCUGAUGCAUAUGAGGAACUUAAUGAUGGGAGUAGCUUACCUUCGGCAUCUGAAUACAGUAAAAAAUCACAUAGAGCACAUAGAGAGAAGCAAGGUGCAAGAAGUGGGGCUUUUAAAAGCAUUUCAACAUCAACCAGGUAUAAAAUGCAAAGUCCCUUUCAACCUGGUGCAACACCACUGGAACCCGGAAAACGGACGUUCUUGUGUUACAAUAUGUUGGGAUGUAUAACUACAAUUGAACAUGAGGGGAACUCCCGUAUUGAGACAGAUUUUCAUGAUACUGGAAGAGGUCCACGAGUUUCAUCAAUGAUCGACAUCUAUGGCUUCACUAUGGCAUCGAUUAAUGAAAGUGGGUGUGUCUUUGCAAAUCCUUGCAAGGGAGAAAAGAACAUGAGUGUUCUGAUGUAUCGACCAUUUAGAAGCUGGGCCAGUAAUAGUGAGUGGACAAUGAGGUUUGAAGGUGAAGAGGUGAAGGUUGUUGCUAACGGUUCUGGUUGGGUUGCUGCAGUUACAAGCCUCAAUUUGCUUCGCAUAUUUAGCGAGGGUGGUUUACAGAAACAUAUUCUUUCCCUUGAUGGGCCUGUAGUCUCUGCAGUAGGAUGGAAGGAUCAUCUUGCUGUGGUAACUCAUGUUUCAGACUGUCUUCCUUCAAAUGAACAGGUGAUGGAAUUCAGAGUCUUUAACAUAUCCAAAAUGACUCAGGAGUUGAAAGGCCGUGUUGCCUUAACCCCUGGCUCACGUUUAACAUGGAUAGGAUUCAGUGACGAAGGUUCUUUGAGCUCAUACGAUUCUGAGGGUGUGUUGAGAGUUUUUACUAGUCAAUAUGGUGGCUCAUGGAUCCCAGUCUUCAGUACCAGUAAAGAGAAGAAACAAGAAGAAAACUACUGGGUCGUUGGCUUGAAUACAACCAGUUUGUACUGUAUAGCUUGUAAAUACCCUGAGAUUUUCCCACAGGUGACACCAAAACCAAUCCUUACCAUACUAGACCUUUCUGUCCCGCUUGCUUCCUCAGAUUUAGGAGCAGCAUCUCUAGAAAAUGAGUUGAUGCUAAAGCAGCUGCGUUUAUACGAGACUCAACGAAGAGUGGACGAUAUGGCUUUGGUCGGGGUAGACACAACAGCACUUGAAGAUGAAGCUUUCGACCUGGAAGUUUCUCAAGAUAAAUGCAUACUAAGACUCAUCAGCUCGUGUUGUAGUAGUGAUAGUUUUGUUAGGGCCAGUGAACUUAUGAAGCUUUUAACUCUAGAAAAAUCAAUGAGAGCAGCAAUAACACUGGUCACCAAACUCAAGCUUCCUUUUUUGGCAGAAAAAUUCAGCAGCAUACUCGAGGAAAGGUUGCUUGAAGAAGCUAACGAGGCGAUAACAGAUCCUUCAGAGAAUCUAAACAGAGAAGUAAUUACAAAAGUUGAAUCCAAGGUCCAGAAUCCUCCAGCUUCGAUUCAGACAAGUGAAAACACAGAGGCAGCUGUGAAAUCUUCUGCAACUAAGCUGUCUGCUACUACACUUGUAAGGAAAGCAAAAGUUUCAGAAGGUCUUAAGCUGGGAAAAGAACAAACAAAGAAAGACGAAACCGAAGAUGCAAAGAUAAAAGAGAUAAAGAAAUUAAAUUUGAAGAAUCCGGUGAACAAUGUUAACAAGGAAGACAAGGGACAGAAAAAGGAAGUGAAUCAAGGAGAAGCUCGACGUUCUUCAAACCCGUUCCUGAAAUCAACUGUUUAAUGAUCUUAUUUGGAGGUUUUGUUUUAUUUAACAAGAGUAUGAUGAAUACAUCUGUUUCACUUUA